GAGUCAGGAAGGGAGGCGGCGGGGAUGGAGCGUUUCCCCGGCGGGAUGCGUUAGCUCCCGGGACACCCCGGCAGCCUGGUCCCCGCCGGUAAAGCUGAUCCUCCCCAGCAUCUCUCUGCCAUGGCCUCAGGGAACGAGGGUGACGCAGCCAGGGCCCGUGGGCGCCGGGGCAGCAGGCUCUCCAACUCAGAAGACCAGGUGGCACAGGAGACAGAGGAGGUGUUUCGGAGCUAUGCCUUCCACCGUUACCAACAGGAGCGAGAGGAGAGAGGGGACGAGGUGCCCAUGGACCCAGAGAUCGUGGAGAUCCAGCAGGAGCUCAACAGCACUGGGAGCCAGGUGGGCCGGCGCUUGGCCAUCAUCGGCGACGACAUCAACAAGCGGUACGACGCGGAGUUUCGCUACAUGCUGCACUCCCUGCAGCCCACCAAGGACAAUGCCUAUGAGCAUUUCACCAGGAUAGCCUCCAGCUUGUUUGAUAGUGGCAUUAACUGGGGCCGGGUGAUUGCCCUGCUGGGCUUUGGCUACCGUAUGGCCAUCUACGUGUACCAGAACGGCAUCCCGGGCUUCCUGCGCCGCAUCGGCCGCUACGUCGCCGAGUUCAUGCUCCGGAACCGCAUCGCCCAGUGGAUCGCCCAGCAGGGAGGAUGGGUGGCUGCACUGGAUCUGGACAAUGUUUACAUGAAGUACAUGCUGGUGGUGGUGGCCCUGGUCAUGGUGGGGCAUUUAGUGGUACGACGCUUCUUCAGGCCCUAA